GUGCGUAUCCACUACUUAGUCGCACUAAUUACUAAAAAGUUUAAGGAAGAAAGCCCGCUCUCUCGUAUUCUCCAAUUUCUGCUGCUGCUGCUGCUGCUACUGCUGGCUGCUUCUACUACUGCUUCAGAAGAUUUUUGUUAUAAAAAGGCGCGCACUGCUUAGCAUAAAGCGUUUUGUUCAAAAAAGUACUCUCGCGCGCUCGCACUCGGCUGCUUCCUGUUCUGCUUUUGAAAGAUUUUCGGUUGCUUGAAGCGUCUUAAAAUGAACGGAUCAACCCUGGAUAAGAUUUGCGCCUUCCUCGGCGAGCUGAUUGGCACCGGCAUGCUCGUCUUCUUGGGCUGCAUGGGCUGUGUGAAGACAGAUCUGUUCCCGAACAAUCACCUGCAGAUCAUUCUCAACUUUGGUUUGGCCGUCAUGAUUUGUAUUCAGUGUUUCGGUUGUGUAUCGGGCGCUCACUUGAAUCCCGCCGUCACCGUAGCUGCUUACAUCUACGACAUGGUGACACUGCAAAUGGCAUUUGUGUACUUUGUUGCUCAAAUGCUGGGUGCUUUCAUCGGUUAUGGCUUGCUGAAGGUUCUGCUGCCCGAGGAGACCAUGACCGUCGGCUCUGGCCUGUGUGUUACAGCGCCCCAUCCCACUAUCUCAUCGAUUCAGGGCUGCGGCAUUGAAUUUGUCGUAACCGCUAUUCUAAUCCUUGUCUGCUGCGGCGUUUGGGAUCCCCGUAACUCCAAAUUCCAUGACUCGGUCGCCAUUCGUUUCGGCUUGGCCAUAUCUUGUUUGGCCUGCGCUGCGGGUCCCUUCACCGGUGCCAGCAUGAACCCGGCCAGGUCUUUUGCCCCUGCUCUCUGGAAUGGUUCAUUUGAUGCCCACUGGAUUUACUGGAUCGGCCCAUUGGCAGCUGCUGGCAUCACAGCUAUUGCCUACAAGACUGUAUUCAGGCGAGAGGUUGUCGAGGCCCAGACCAGCGAAAAGUUGCGUCAGCUGGAGGACGUACAGCUCUCAUAAACGAUGUCGUGCAGGUGCCAAAGACAUUGCGAAAUAAUGUUCUAAGAACAUUUUCUAAUAAAUUUAAUUUUAAGCUAAAUCCGUCGAAUUUUAUAUUAAUGCAAACACUGCAAACAAAUAUAAAUCGUUCGAAAAUAAAAACAA